AGUCGUGGUCUGCAACUCGCUAGUCUAGUUUGGCACUUCAUUGAAUAAGAUGCUACUGCUAGCUGCGGCUGCGGGCCGCUCUAGUGCAAGUGCUUGGUAAAGAAACAAGUUUUCAUCUUUUUUCAACUCGAGGAAUCGACGAACAAGCACGAAAAGAUGCAGGUGGAGGUGAGUCUGACGCGGAACCGGAAUCUUACCGGCUCUGAGCUGAUUUUGAAAAACCUAACGUCCACAAUCACCUGCGGAAACAGACAGCAUACGGCGAGUCUGUACCAUGAGGGGCAAUAUGAAAUGCAAAAGCAUCGUACUAGUAUAAAUUGCAUGACAAAUUCCCUCAGCAUGAAAAAUGAAACUUGUAAUGCGGAUUUAGAUUAGGAGGGAUAUUUGUAAUGCAUGAUUGCGAUUACUACGAGUACGAUACUUUUGCACAGGAUAGGCAAGUGUUCAGCUUCGAGGAGGAGCAGCAGCAGAUAUGCAUUGCAAACAUAUAUGUCUGGGAGGAUUAGAAACUUGUCUUGCUGAUACUCGCAUUGCAGUGUGGCCGCUUGUACGGCAGAACAGCAUCAGAAGUUUUUCAGGCUCGAUGUAGCGGGGGAUUCAUCAACAUUCAUAAAGAGCAACACAAACUGGUUUCCAGCAUGAGAAAAUCACUAGCCAAUCGUAUUACUGCAUCGUAGAUCCUCUUGUCCUUCAACUAUCGCAUCACAAAAUUUCCAGACCCAGACUACACAUUUGCAAUGCAUAACAGACCCUGGUGCUCCAAAUUCAAAAUCAGCAGACCAAUAUCCUGUGCAAAAGUAUCUGAUACUCGUAUUGCAAUCAUGCAUGCAGUCCACUGAAUUGUCGUAUAGACUGAGUUGUAGCAGAAUACGAAAGCAAAGCGAAGCGAAGCUUACAGCGUAUUGUAUACCGAGCGAGCGUUUUCAAAGCAAGAACACGAUUGCAAGCGAAUCGCUUAAGCCUAACCAUUUUGACCCUUCCGUCGUAUAUUCACCAAAUCCCAAACAAUGGCGAGCUCUCUGAAUUGUCGCACCCCGAAGCAAUUCAACGUAGAAAAUCAAUGCAGCCUAGCGCAGCCGCUCAAUGAUAUAGCGCAGGGGAGCACCAGAAAAAGCUGAAAAAGUAAAAAGCUAAGGGAUUAUGAGCAAGCGUUGCGUGAGCAGAUUCAGAGAAAAACUCUGGCGCCUCGACGCGCAGCUUGCAUGACAAAAAUGAAAAUGAGGAAGGAAAGCCUGCGCUUUCGCGCACGGAGCGCGAUCUGUUGUUAUCAGCGUUGCAUCCGUAGUUGCAACGAGAACAAGAGCAAACGAAGCAGAAGUUAGCUUUUCUAGCGAAAAUAACAGCAGAACGAGCACGAGAGUAAAGUAGAGAAUACGAAAAAACGAAGACUAUACUCGAAGAACAAGAAGUUAAUAGUUGAGUGUGAAAAUAAAGGAAAUAAUAACAAAACGAAGACAGUAGAUGCAAAAAAACUGCGCAUGUGGAGUCUUGGAAGUGCAGCUGCUGGGCAGGUUGGUCGAAGCGGAGGCAACAAAUCAACUUGCUUGGUGCGCUGCACUUCAUGCUGUGUCUAUAUCUUCCGAAGGGCUAUGCAAUAACUAAACGAACGUAGGAAGAAACAACGAAGAACGACACAAACAGAAGAAGUCUAUGAACCGAGAAUAAAGGUGUUUGAGCCUUGACAAGAACAGUGCUUGUCAUGAGAAGUAAAAGGGGCAAACUGGCAAAAAAAAGAGCGAAAUAGCGUAAAGACACUUGCCGCGGCGCAAUUGUAAACACAAAAAAAGAGACGAAGAGCCUACGCUUCUACAUUCUUAAACGCAGACAAGGACCGGCGACCCUCCGAAGCCGAGGACGUGGAGGCCAUGCGGUGAAGCUCUUGCAGCUCCGGCGGGGCGCGCGGCUCGAUUGUAGUAGUGCGCCAAGUUGUUGGCAUUCGCAGAAACUGGCCCCCCUGGAAAUUUCUGGUAAGCGCCAGCGGGAUAAACACAACGCAAGGGCAGCGCUGCGCACGCCACCACGCCAUGGGCGCCGCUUCAUAGAUGCGCCAGAUGAUGCUGACCCCUGUGACCCCUUCGAUGCGAAUUCGAAUGCCGCGCGUAGCAGCCUCGACCCGACUAACGGACCCGCGUAUGUUCGUUGGGGUUUGUCGCGGGCCCGCCGUUUCCAGUUCAGCAACGUCAGCGUAGGCGUUUGUUUGCGGAUAUGCCGUGCCAAUUUGCCGCGGCAGCGUUUUUCUUUGUACCAAAAGCGAAAAAAGAGACGCAAGCAAGCCCGCGGGGUAGGGCGGGUUUCUGCAUGCAAAUGGGCGCGCGGCGCCACAAAGAAAACGCGGCGCGGUAAAUUGGCGUGGCAUAGCAAUGGCAGCGAGCCUGUUCCGAAAACGCGUUCCAUUGCGGGAUCCACGGCAACGACGGCCGAAAGGUCGCUUCCUGUUCCGGAAGGCGCUGCCGCAGUCGGGGGCCCUGCGGGUGCUCUUGGCUGCACGGGCGCCGAAGGCGGCAAAGCGGUGGGCGGGGCUGCGUUGGGGGGGGGCGGCUUUGGUGCCGCAUGGCUUUCGAGCCCGCCGGGGCAGCGCUUCACAUCCUUCCACGGGACGUCCUUCAACGACGUUUCCCGCUUUUUGCCAGCAAGCACGCCGUCGCUGCGAGCAUCAAUGCCCAACGACUUCAGCUUGGUAACGACGUACGGACCCAAGAAUUUUUUCGCGAGCCCGGGGCCUUUCUGGCGGUUUCGGCACAAAACGCGUUCCCCAAUUUUGAGCUUUUUGAUGUCCUUGAGCCUGCUGGCAUCGCCGCGGAGUUGGAAAAAGCGCUUCCGGUUCGUGAGCGCCUUCAUUUUAAGGGAACUGCGCAGCGCGUUUGCGGCGGGGUCGCUUCCCGCGUUGUCGCUGCUGUCCGCUGCGUCGUCACUGCUUGUUUCCCCCUGCCGCCCAACCGGCUCCGCCACUUGUGCUUGCGGCCCGUUUUUCUUUUCUGCUUCUGCGCUGGCUUCGCUGUUGCCAACGAUUUUCGGGGGCGCACGCGGCACGGGGUGAAGGGUGGCUUCCGUUACGUCUCGCAGGGGCCGCAGGAACGUCGCCAAAUGCCGGGCAGCCGGAAUGCGCCGGCUCCUGGUGGUGCGGCGGUUCAGGGCAGCAACGCACGCCGUGUGGUGUCGCACCCAAUCCCCUUCCCCGCCCCUCUUUCGCAGCUGUUGCUUCAAUUGCCCAUUAUAAGACUCAGUGGCCCCGUUGGAUUGUGGAUGCGCCCGGGGGCUCUCCCGGAUGUCCGUGCGAAACGCUUGCCCCGCGGCGCUAUCCGCCACAAAAGUGGCGCAGCGGUGGUCUCGGGUCAAGCACGUGCAUUGGCUCCAGUCUUUGAUCUUUUGCAGCUCGGUACCCUUGUCAAUGUUCAGAUGAUCCGGGACCCCGUGUUCCUCCACCAUGUCCAGAUAGGCUUGCUUUACUUCUUCGGCCUCGAAGCUGGUUAGCAGUUUGGAACACACGGCGCCGGUGGUGAGGCAGCACAUAUUCAGACAGCCGACGAACUUGGUGCCCGCGUGUUUGCCGCGGUGGGCCGAAUUCUCGCAAGGGGUGCAGAUGAUGCAAUCUAUUCCGGCCCAGCACGUAUACAUCGGAAAAGUAGCCCCCCACAAUAACCGCAACGCGCCGCUGCGUGCAACACUCAAAAAAGACGGCGCGCUCUGUGUAGCUUGGCGCUUUCUCUUAGAUUUGCGCGCCGCGUGUGGUUGCGGUUACGGGAGGCGGGGCACUUUUCCACAGGAUAGGCGAAGGGGCGUAGCGAUUCGUUGGCGGGGUCCCCAAGCGCCGCCAGCGUGGAACUGGCGUAGCUGUCCUGCUGCCUUGGCGCCGUUUCUUCGUUUGCCGCGCAAGCUUCGCACGCCUGCACUGCCUGCCGGGCACUUUCCUUGAAGCCGCACCAUGUGAAACCUAGUUGCUGGAUGCCCGCCGCGGUCGCAUCUACCCCCCCAUGGGAUCGCAAGUGGGCAAGGGCCGCGAUGCGUUGCUUUUCAGCUUCGUCACCGGCGGGCACUACCGUCAACCAAUCAGGAUACACCAAAAGCGCCUCCGUGGAUUUGCGUCCAUAGCCCUGAAACUCCGCGCGGACCUGCAGCUUGCUAGUGCCUGGGGCCAGGCGAAAAUAACGGGCCUUGUCCUUCCACCACUUGCGCUGCCGAGCGGUGAGCCCCAACGCCUUGCAGGCCGCCCUGACGUCGGCAGCUGCCAACAGCGUUUCGAUCGUGUCAUCGGGCAAAGAGAAAUUUUUACCGGCGUUCGACUUACGGCCCCGCUUCAAAGGCGGGGGCGCGCACUCGCUUGAGUCCGAAACGCUUCCCAAAUCGCCCUGCUCCGAAUCGCUUGCGGCCGCAACAACCUCAGGCGGCAGCGGCGCGGAUGCAUUCAGCUCCGCGGGGCGCUUUUGCGGAGCAUAGCCGGCGUGCUUUGGUUCUAGCGCCUGCGGAUCAUCUCCUAUCGAGUGCUUCUCGGGGCCAUUUUUGGCAGGCGCGUUUGGCUUUAGCGCUGGCGCGCUCGUUUCCGUGCCCUGCUUCUGGCAACCCGGGUCACCCCCCGCCGCCCCUGUUUCUGGUGCCUGCGGUGCUGCUUCCGCUUGCGCCGCCGGCCUCGCGCUGCUGCCUCGCGGGGAUGCGCUGGGCAAAACAUAGGCGUCAUAGUGGCGGCCAUCGUACUGCAAGCGGAUUUCCGUCGUGCCGGCUCCAAUUUUUUGAAACCUUACGGCGGAGCCGGGGGCGGGCUCGAUGCAGAUCGUGAGGCCCAUCACCUGGGCGGCAGCUUCCAGAAAGGCGUGCCCAAGCCACACGGUUGCGGCUGGAUGCAGCAGCUUCUCCAACCAGGACAGCCACUGGCUUUGCUCUUCCAGGACGCCGCGCCCCGCCGGUUCGUCAGCCCCAUACUCCCCCACCCAAAACGGACCAAGCUCUUCGCUAUGCCAAUGCGCAACACACCCCCUUCCCCUUUUUUUCCUCCUUUGGCCUCGGUGAUUGGCGCCGGGCCAAGCACCAUCACAAGCGCCUACCAUAUGCCGGCCCGACUCAGAGCGGGUAGUCUCUGGCGCAUUUUUGCCAGAACAACGGCAAACCGCCGAAGAACUUGAAAAAAAAAAACCAAAGGGCCGGCAAUUCUGUGCGGAACGGAGAACAGCAUCACAAAUUUGGCCCGUCGUCUUUAAAGAGGGGGGGGGGGGUGUUGCGCGGUGCCAUAAUCACGCUUCCCGGCCAUGAAACCUUCCACCAGCUGCUUCACCUUCGGCAUGCUGAUACCCGUGGCCGCCGCAAUGGAGAGAGGGCAACAGUUGCCGUUCCCCGCAAUUUUUUGCAAAACCGCCUCUCCAGUCGUAGGCGCAUCCUGUGCAAAACCCCCCCCCCCUCAAGAUCACGGCGCGCCUUUGUCAUGCUGUUUGCAACAUUUUCCCGGAAUUUUUCGGAAAAAUCCGGGGAAAACUGUAAAAGGCCGACAAAAUUCGGGCCCUGCGUUUGCGACAAGGAGGGGGGGGGACUAUUUUCUUCGCCAUAUUUUGCCGGGGCGGCGCCGCUGUGGGGCCCGCUCGCGUGUUCCCCCCGAAUCCAUUCCACCCGGCAAAGCCAUCCCAUUUUUCCCGGUUUCGGGUUCCGGCUGCCGGGAAGGCGGCCGGGCUGACCCGCACGGUUGGCAUUCGCGUCGCCGCCCAGGAGGGGCACCAUCACGGUGCGGAAGUCUUUUUCGGCCUUUGCGCCCCCCUCCACCUUGUACCAACCCUGCCAGCACGUUUCUGAUGUGCGGGUGACAAAUCGGCCUAUAAAAAUGAAACUUCCCCCCGCCCCGAACUUAGACUCGAAAUCUGUCAUGCAGAUUUGUGGCCACAAAUCAGAUUUGUCAUGCUAGAACAAAAAAAAUGCAAACUGUAGAGCUGGUUCUCAUGAAAAGUCCUUGCAUCUUCAGCAUGACAUCGGGCAGCUAGAAGUGCGAAACAACAUGACAAAUUCGCUGCAAAUGAGGCCGCAGCUGCGUCUCUUGGCCUUCUAGCAUUACAAGCCGGCCUGACUGUGUACUCAAAAGCAGCAUUACAAAUGUCGUUUUUGAUAUGGGGAGGGGGGUUUUUCAUUCUAAUACGGCAGCGGUGGUCUUCCUUGGCCUUUUCCACCGUCGCCGGCGAAACAUUGUCGAGAUCGACCAGAAUCCACGCCGAGUUGGUCGGCCGAAAAAAAUAAUGAAACGCCCGCCCCAAUUGGUCCGGCCGCCACUCCCGGGGCAACAAGAUCUGGUCCAUGACGAGAGUGCCUGUGGAAAAUAAAAGCGAAAAAUAGCAAAGGGGAGCGACGUGGAAACGAAGGCACAUAUCACAAACGCUAUAGAGGCUUGCCCAAGCAAAAGAACCUCCCAAAAAAGUUAACAAAACCACUACGAAAAAGGGCCGGAAACCAAAAACGAUAAGCAUACCGCCGCCGCCGCGCACUGGCUCCGUUGUUGUUGUCAAAACCAACUUUCGAAGCCCCCCGAUGUCCGGGCAAAACUUGAGGACCCGCGCCAUGUCCGAGGUCAAGGCGGCGGGGUCCAGGUCGUCCGUCACCAGCCCUUCGGACGUGUAGCGGUAUCCCGGAAAAACGGACGGCGACCCCAGAACAGGGGGGGGCGGGGGGGGGGUGUUGUUCGCGCGCAGUCCCCCGCCGCGCCCGCGUCCGUCCCCGUCCGCUUCGGCCUUGCCCGCCUCCGACUCGCUUCCCGGGUCGGAGUCCGCGAGCGAAGAAGCUGGGCCCGCGUCGAACUUCGGCACCGCUGCCGCCGGUAGGGGGGGCGGGGCGGCCUUUUCGCCCUUUGGGCCCGGAGCACUGGGGGCCGGAUCUUGUAACCAAGACACGUCCAAAACACUGCCCGCGCCGCUGUAGGGAAAAGCCGCCAUCAGGUCGGCGUCGCGGGUUUUUUUGGCCACGUUGGCGGCAAAACUUUUCUGGCCCGGGCUGUAGGGCUGCGCCUCUUCCGACGCCGUAGCCAACAUCCCUCCCAGCAUGCUGCAACAUCAUGAAAAAAGCGCGCCCCAGCCGCGAAGGGCCGCCGGCGUCUGUGAUGGGCGGAAAUGCGAAAAAAACGAAAACGCCUGCCAUGCCUAACAUGCUGCCCCUGCUUCGCAAAGCCAGCGGCGCGCUUUUUUUCUGGGGGAUAUUUUUUCCUUCGGGUUCAACGUCUUCCCCAGGUCCCGAAGCUUGGCGAAGUUCGCCCAAAGGCGGCCCACCUUCAGGGCCGUAAGCCGCAGGCGCCGGCGCUGCGUGUCCGAGUAGGCCACCCGGUCGCCCAUGUCGAUCCAGCCCGCGGGGGUCAGGCGCGGCGGAAAGUUGCCCGAAUCCCCGAAGCAGAAUUCGGAAUCGUCCGCAUCCAGAAAGCCAGCGGCCGCCAAGGCCUUGGCCCGGUCGUAAUCGCCGCCCACCGAAACGAUUGCCAUGGUUUGCAAGGCGAAAUCGAAAAAAUGCAAGAAGGAGAAAAACGCGAAACAACGAAAAAGGUAGAGAAGCCAGAAACGUAGCAAGCUAGUGCGUGGCUGGUAUUUUUUUGCUUAGUAGGGAAGAGGUUUUUUGUGGUUAGUGCGCUCGUUUUUCGUCCGAGGUCGACAAGUUGUUUUUUUUUUGGGUAGCGUGUUCUUUUUUCGUCUGAACGAGACAAAUUGAAGUUGGGCACUGUAGUGAAGAUGAAACAAGAAAAAAAUAGUAUAAGCAAGAGCCACAAAGUCGCGAUCGUAUGACUAUCACGUGAUUGCUCACAUGAUAGUCAUGUGAUUUUGGACCCCCAUAAGCCAAUUUGAAUUGUUUCGAUCACGUGAUAAUCAAAUGAUUAUCACAUGAUAACCGACCCAGGACGAAAAUUACAUCUGUCGCACCAUAUGACAGAUCCCCCGUCAUACUUACGCACGAAAAGCAAAAAACAUGAACGAAACGCAACGAAAACGGCAAAAGAACGAAGACCGAGCGUAUAUACAAUACGAUGACAAUUCAGAUUGUACGAAGCCAUGCCGAAAAAUAAAGUGAAAAAAGCAAUUCAGCGUGGCGCAACUCAGAUUACUGCAUGCAUUACAAAUUUUUUUCUCAAGGUAAAUCCACAUUACAAAUUUAAUUUCUCAUGCUGAGGAAAUUUGUAAUGCAUUUAUACGAGUACGAUACUUUUGCAAUGCAUAACCAAGACCAUGAUGUACGUGCGCACCAUUCCGCUAAAACAAGUGUUGCAGCACUGCCAGCAGAUCAACGGCCCAUUUCUGAAUUGGGUGCCAGUCUACACACCCGGAGACCCGUCAGACCAACGUUUUGAUGUCCGACACCCAGCAGAAGACCACGAGCCGCAGGUCUACCUGUCGCUGAAGAUGUACGCGCGGAGCUCCUACAACAACGCGCUGCCCCCGGGUUCUGGCCAAAACCUCAGGAACAUGAUGCCCGCAAGCGGCGGCGGUUACUUUCCUCCCGAAAGAACGACUUCCAGUGCGGUAAACCAAGUGCCACCCCAUCCGCCGCAGCCGAUGGGCGCAGCAGCAGCAGCUUUCGCGCCCAACUCUCCGCAGAAUAGCAAUCCGGGAGUUGGCAGCUACGGAGGUGCAGCCAACAUGAUUGUGCCAGGCAACAUAUGCACUGUAAAAGUAUCGUAUUCGUAUAAAUUAUGCACUGCAAAUUAGCUCAGCAUCACAAAUGGAAUUUGUCAUGCUGAUUUACCUUAGCGUGUAGAUUUGUAAUGCAUAAUUGCGAUUACUACGAGUACGAUACUUUUACACUUGAUAAAACAUCCAGCGUAGGAACUCCACUUCCCGGGGGAACCACCCGCAGUCGCCGCCCCAGUCCUCCGAACUGCUCGCAAAUAACUAUUAUCGUGAGAAAAAAUAAGUAUAGACAGUUACACAUUAUGUUGCAGGAGCCACAGACAGAGACAACCUCUGUCAUGCAGGAGAUGCUUGCCAACCUCAUUCCUUUCGUGUUUUCCCUUAUAGUCCGCGCAUCACAGGUUUUCCUCGCCAUGUCGAGCAACUCGGUGAUGCAGAAACUCCAGCAAAUGUGUAACUGAAACAGUUUUUUCCUGUGAUACCUAUCGCGGGCAAACUACUAUCACGGCGGGGGCGCCGCCCGGCGGUCUUGCAGCUGGUGCAGCAGGCGCAUCGGCGAAUAACUUCGUCCUUGAGCACCAACAAUUUGGCGCCCAGGUCGGCGGCCAAAACAACCUGCAGAACCAGCCCGCACCAAAUAUGUACUCGACCCGCCCGCAGACGCACGCGCACCUGGUCGGGGGACCUGGUGCUCCGCCACACGUCGUCGCGCGGCAAGUGCUAGAGGAGCAGACGCAGUUGCCACAGUCGACGCCAUCGUUACGGAGCAACAAUCAACAGCAGACAGCUCCGGCCACGCUGAACGACGCAGACCUUUCGGAAGCGAAGUGGAUGGCCAAUCACAUCCAGCGCCACAUGUAUCAAAUGGAAAUAUGUCUGGGUCUGGAAAUUUCUUGUGAUGCAAAUCUGUGAAUGGUGGGCUCACUACAAUAUGCAGCCAAGCAUGUUGACAAGUUUUUGCAGUGCCAUGCGUUUCGUUUUCCGCAUGGCAAGCUGCGUUUUUGCACGACAGGCAAGACGACCCGUUCCUGCUUACGCAUCACGACAGAUCUAAGAGUGAUGCCAGACAAGCAUGACAAGUCCUGCAUUCUUCCAGACCCAGACAUUUUUGCAAUGCAUAACAUGGCGCAGUCCGCGAUCCAGCAGCAGGCCGUCGAGAAGCUGCUAUCGCAAGGAAACAUCCCCCCUCCCCAUAUUGACGAGGUAGGUUUUCGAAAAUUUGUGUUGGUUGAUUUGUGACCACAAAUCGUGUCUGUCUUGCAGGACUGCGACUCCACCGGCUCCGCCGCAUCAAUUACGCAGGCGGUUUGUCAUGCCGUUGGGCCUACAGCGCGGACGUUUUUCAUGCUAAGCGCCUGGCCUAGGUGGAAGAGGAAGCCUCUCUACUCAGGCUUGAUAUGGGUCCGCAGUCCUCUCCAGCAAAAAGACAAGCCGACUUCUGGCCACGUCAAAGCAGCGGCACAAGUUUUCUUUUCGAUAUGUGCUGGGGAAUUUUUCCUUUUGAUAGCUGCAAAACAAAAACAAGAGCCUCGAGCAGCAGUAUCAAAUGUAAAAAUGUCUGGGUCUGGAAGAGUCAUGCUGUUUUUGCAUGACACAGAAGGUCUGGCAUGGAAGCUCUAGCAUCACAGGUUUCGAGAACCUUCCGCAAUGCCGAAUCCGCAUGACAGGUCCCCUAUUUUGCUGGCAAAAAGUGGGAGCUUUUGCUGCGUAUGCAUGAGAGACUUUUCUGUGUUCUGAAAUACGCAUUACAAGUUGCAUUCUUCCAGACCCAGACAUUUUUACAUUUGGUAAGCAGGUGCAGACACUGAAAUCCGAGUAUCAAAUGCAAAAAUGUCUGGGUCUGAAGGAGGAGAACUUUGUCAUGCACAUUUUCCAUGAUCCAUGAUGUCUCUGAUGUAUGCCAUAGCAUCACAGAUUUUUUGAGCGCCUAUCGAUGCGCAUCCUGCAUGACAAACCAAUACACUCUCCACGUAGCCAAAUUUGACUCCUCUUGCUGCUCAUGCAAUGCAGAUUUUUUUAGCAUCCAAAUGCAGCAUCACAAGUUUCUUUGGCUCUUCCAGACCCAGACAUAUUUGCAAUCCAUACCGAGCUGCAGAUGACGAAGCACGAAGCAAAGAUGGAACUCGAGAAGGUAGAGACGCGGGUGAAGGCAAAGCUGACGCAAGACCUGGCGGCCGAGCGCAACGAGUGGAUUCGGAUCAAUAUAUCAAAUGCAAAUAUGUCCGGGUCCUCUGGAAGGAUGCAAGCUUGUGUUUGUGAUGCGAAGAUCACAUCACAUGAAAAUCUCUCGUGCCUGGACACGUUGCCCGAAUCAUUGUCACGGAAGGAGGAAAUAAAAUCUGUCUUGCGGAUUAGGCAUUGAAAAGCCUUCCAAAGUUUUGUGAUGCUGGGGCUUGCUUGGCAGACGAGAUGACCUUCUGGGUCAUGCAAAAACAGCAUGUCAGACAUCUGCACUCAUCGAGAGGACCCAUAUGACAUAUCUGUAUUUGAUACAACACGGAAAAAAGCGAUUUGCUUCAGCAGGAUCUGUAUGAAUUGAAAAAGUAUCGAACUAAGUCUAGUAUGAAUUGAAAAAGUACUUCUCACGCCCUUCUUGACACAGAUCCGCGUGGGCAUUGCCAGGAAGGCUCUUGCGUGUCAAGAAGGUUCCGCUAGCUCGUGUUUCGUUUUCAGGGGUCCAAAGUUUUUUUGUUCUUCCAGAUGCAGCAUUACAAGGUUUGAAAUCGCUCAAAAUUUGAAACACGAGCUAGCGCGCCCUUCUUGACACAGAGCCGCGCGGGCAUUGACAGGACGGCUCUUGCGUGUCAAGAAGGUGCCGUUAGCUCGUGUUUCGUUUUCAGGGUUCCAAAAAUGUUUUGUUUUUCCAAAUGCAGCAUUACAAAAUUUGAAAUCGCUCAAAAUUUGAAACACGAGCUAACGCGCCCUUCUUGACACAGAGCCGCGCGGGCAUUGACAGGACGGCUCUUGCGUGUCAAGAAGGUGCCGUUAGCUCGUGUUUCGUUUUCAGGGUUCCAAAAAUGUUUUGUUUUUCCAAAUGCAGCAUUACAAAAUUUGAAAUCGCUCAAAAUUUGAAACACGAGCUAACGCGCCCUUCUUGACACAGAGCCGCGCGGGCAUUGACAGGACGGCUCUUGCGUGUCAAGAAGGUAGUACCGCUAGCUCGUGUUGCGUUUUCAGGGUUCCAAAAAGUUUUUGUUUUUCUAAAUGCAGCAUUACAAAGCUUGAAAUCGCUCAAAAUUUGAAACACGAGCUAACGCGCCCUUCUUGACACAGAGCCGCGCGGGCAUUGACAGGACGGCUCUUGCGUGUCAAGAAGGUAGUACCGCUAGCUCGUGUUGCGUUUUCAGGGUUCCAAAAAGUUUUUGUUUUUCUAAAUGCAGCAUUACAAAGCUUGAAAUCGCUCAAAAUUUGAAACACGAGCUAACGCGCCCUUCUUGACACAGAGCCGCGCGGGCAUUGACAGGACGGCUCUUGCGUGUCAAGAAGGUGCCGUUAGCUCGUGUUUCGUUUUCAGGGUUCCAAAAAGUUUUUGUUUUUCCAAAUGCAGCAUUACAAAGUUUGAAAUCGCUCAAAAUUUGAAACACGAGCUAACGCGCCCUUCUUGACACAGAGCCGCGCGGGCAUUGACAGGACGGCUCUUGCGUGUCAAGAAGGUGCCGUUAGCUCGUGUUUCGUUUUCAGGGUUCCAAAAAGUUUUUGUUUUUCCAAAUGCAGCAUUACAAAGUUUGAAAUCGCUCAAAAUUUGAAACACGAGCUAACGCGCCCUUCUUGACACAGAGCCCUACCGGCAUUGACAGGACGGCUCUUGCGUGUCAAGAAGGUGCCGUUAGCUCGUGUUUCGUUUUCAGGGUUCCAAAAAUUUUUUGUUUUUCCAAAUUCAGCAUUACAAUGUUUGAAAUCGCUCAAAAUUUGAGACACGACCUAACGCGCCCUUAUUGACACAGAGCCGCGCGGGCAUUGACAGGACCACGGCUCUUGGUUGCGUGUCAAUAAAGUUCCACUAGCUCGUGUUUCUUUUUCAGGGUUCCAAAAUUUUUUUUGAAAUCGCGAGUACAGGAGGCGCCGUUGCCACGUGUUCCUUUUUCAGGGUUCCAAACAGUUUGCGUUUGCCCACAUGCAGCAUUUUGCGUAACUAGAACCAAAACUACAAGUAGUGCGAUAUUUUUGCAAUGAAUAACCUGGUAUGCACUGCAAAUAUGUCUGGGUCUGGAGGAAAAGAUGGUGCACGCUUUAUUGUCAUGCAGGUUUAACAUAACCAAGAAGGUCUCGAAUGUCGGCUCUAGCAUCACAAGUGAAGAAGUUUUGAGAAAGCUCCGCAAUGCUGAAUCCGCAUGCGAAGAGAAGUGCCGCCUUCUGGUAACCAAAAGUGAUGAAGACUUGUUUUCCUGGUCACGCAAUAUAGAUUUUCGUGUCGAUCAGAUUUAGCAUGACAAAGUCGACGGACUCUUCCAGGAGACCCAGACAUAUUUGCAAUGCAUACCUGGACCGCGCCAAAGUGGAAAAGACCAGUCUGGAGCAGCGCCUGUCGAGCUACGUAUGAGAGUGCACAACUCCCCCUCCCCCGCCUCAUUUGUAAUGCAAAAACCCAAACUGCUCACACCGUGCUUAUCCUUAUCAGUGCUGUCUGCAUGACAAAUUUACGAAGCUCACACAGUGAGUACUACAGUCCGCAAGUAAAUUUGUCACACGGAAACUACAUUAAACAUUUAUUCUGCCGUUGCUUGUAUUGCUGUCCAUGCCCUACAAAUGAGGGGGACGGGGGGGUUGUGCACCUUCAUACUACGAAAAGCUCGAGCACGAGUUGCGAGCCAGAGGUCUGGAAUUGGAAAAAGUGAAGGCGGAAAACGAGCAGGUGCGCAGAACUUGCUUUUUGGUGACACACAGUUGUUCUGAGAUGAGCUACGACCUAGGAUGUAAAAACUGAUACUGAUUGAAGUAGGAUUUUUAGGGAUACAGAAGAAUGUAGUUGAAGAAGAUUAUGCGUAGUACACAGCUAUGAGCUGUCGGGUGGCCUACUUCCAGUUUAUCUUAUCGUCAUGUUCUUGCCCCGGGCAUGAUCGACUGGGGGCGGGACUUUUGCAAGACAAAAGAGGGGGAGGGAAAAAUAAAAUCAUUUCGUGCACAUCAAGAACUCUCAUAAUAUUCACAUCAGAUUAAGCGGCUCCGCGACACAGCCGAGCACGAGACGAAUAUCCUGUGCAAAAGUAUCAUACUCGCACUAAUUAUCGCAGCCGUGCAAGACAAAUUUCUUUUUCAAGCUAAAUCAGCAUCAGAAGCUAUUCCAUUUGUCAUGCUGAGCUAAGUUGCUUAUUGUUUUUGUAUUGCAAUUAUACUACGAGUGCGAUACUUUUCCAAUUCAUACCGAAUCUCCAAAAGCAACGCUAUCAAAUGCAAAAAUGUCUGGGUCUGGAAGGUUGGAACUUGUGAUGCGCAUUUCACAACACGCAAAAAUCUCUCAUGCAUUGGUAGCAAAAGCUGCCCAUUUUCUGUCACCGAAAUGGGGGAUUUGUCAUGCUGAUUCGGCAUUGCGGAAGCUUCUCGAAGCCUGUGAUGCUGAGCUUCCAUGCCAGACCUUCUGUAUCAUGCAAAAACAGCAUGACUCUUCCAGAUCCAGACAUUUUUACAUUUGAUAAACGCCUACAUGAGACAAUCCAGAAAUCCAGCUUCGAGAAAAAAACGCAAAUAUGAGAGUGCACAACUCCCCCUGCUCCCCCUCAUUUGUAUUUUUGCAUGAACAGCAAUACAAACACCAGCACACGUGGAGCCUAUGCAUGAGAAAUUUAUGUCCCUACGUGUAGUAGUAGUACAUACUGUUUGGGAUUCCGGAAUUUCUCCUGUAGUAAACAGUGCCACACAGCAGAGACUGGAUCUGGAUUUGGGGUUUUGCAUGACAAAUGAGGGGGAGAGCGAGUUAUGCGCUUUCAUAGCAAAAAGAGGAAAUGCAGAAAGAAAGGGAGCACUUUCAGCUGUUGCUGAAGCAGGCGAGGUAUGAACUGCAAAAGUGAGUUGUUGCUUCUAGUGGGAAUCGCAUGGCAAUAAAUUUUCUCACCAGCAUGAGAAAUCAAAUUUGUCAAUGCUGAUUUAGAUUUUGAGUCACCUUCGGUGGAACGAGAUUUGAAAAAUUAUGCAUGAUUGCGAUUAGUAUCACGAGCGCAGUGCUGUUGCAGACAGGAUAAAAGCGACAAGCACGAGAUGAAUCAGACCACCAUACAGAAUACCAUAGCGCAAAAAUGUCUGGGUCUGGAAGAAUGCAACUUGUGAUGCUGCAUUUGGAUUCCAAAAAAAUCUGUAUUGCAUGAGUAGCAAAGGGAAUGCAAUUUUUGCUACGCUGAGAAGGCAUUUGUCAUGCGGAAUAGGCAUCAAGAAGCCUUCAAAAAAUCUGUGUUGCCGGGGUAUGCAUCACAGACAUCAUGGCUCAUGCAAAACGUGCAUGACAAGUGCCAGAAUCUUCCAGACCCAGACAUUUUUGCACUUCAUACAGAACCAGUUCGACGCGGAGUUUGUCGUUCUGAUAUCCACAGUAAAUUAAAAUUUCCCGCACAUGUACAACAAAUUCGGUCUCUGCAAGACAAAACUUGGCUUCGAUCGACGUUUAGCAUGACUAGUUUUACCCUCUAAAUUGGUGAAGUUUGUGAUGCAUCCACCUGUACAUGUAAGUACGGGAAAUUUGUAUUGCAUAUCUGAAAGAGAAAAACAACGACUUGGAGCUGAAGGUGACCACUUUGAGUGCGCACUAUGAGAACGCGCAGGAACUGCUAAAGCAGUACGAGCUCGACCUUGUGGAGGAAAAGCACGGCGCGAAACUGUUAUGGAAUGCAAAUAUGUCUGGGUCUGGUUCUGGAACACUGCAACAUGUCAUGCUAACGCAGAAUCAUGCAAAAAUCUGCCUUGCGUGAUUACCAGCAAAGGCUGUGCACUUUCGACCAAGUUUCACGACGCAGGAUAGGCAUGAUGAUAGAGAUCUCACAGAAUCUGUCAUGCUAAAUCCUGCAUUUCAGACCUCAGGGGUCAUGCAAACUCGGCAUGACAAAUCGCGCAUUCUUGUUCCAGACCCAGACAUAUUUGCACUGGAUAACUGUUGCAAGAGAACUACCUGAAGCAGGAACACGCACUCAAAUCGGAAUUGGACCAGACCUUCAAACGGGUAGAAAUUAUCCUGUGCAAAAGCAUCGUAUUCGUAUUGCAGUCAUGCAUAUACAAGUCUUUUUGUUAAGUGUCAAAUCCGCAUUACAAAUUUCAUUUCUCAUGCGGAGGAAAUUUGUAAUGCAUUUAUACGAGAGCUGCGAUACUUUUGCAAUUGAUAGAAAUGAUCGAGCAGCAGGGCAACAAAGAAGUCGACACGCUCCGAGAUUCCCUGCUCAUGGAAAAGACGCAACGAGCGGUAUAAUCGUCCUCUAUGUGCUGUAAAAUUUAAAAUUUCGCUCUGCUUCUGAGCAGCAGUUUCUCUUUCGCUUUACGAAAGCAUCUUGCACUUGUCCUGCAGUGGUUUCACCGAAAAGAACCCGCUUACUUACCGGCGCCAAAGAUUUCGCGUACCGGUGCGCCCAUACGCUCCUGUUUGGCUCGCGUACCGGCGCCGUGCCGGCGCUUCUUUUAGGUGUCUGUGCGGUUUUUUUUGAUGUAGUUUUGCCAUUUUCUCUGUUCAUGUUCUGGCUCUUGAGUAAAAAAAAAGAAUCCCUAUCCUUAGGCCGAGAAAGCGAGCGCCGCGGACCAGAUCCGCAAACUGGAGCAGGCUAUCCAGGGUCGCACAGCGGAACUUGAGCAGCAGCGCCGCUAUGCAGUGCAAAUGUGUCUGGGUCUGGAAGGAUGCAAGGUUUGUCAUGCUUGUCUGGUAUGUCUGAAGAGUCUGUGAUGCGGGUCCAAGAAGAGACCCUCUUGCGUGUCAUGCAAAGACGCAGUUUGUCAUGUGGAAAAUGCAAGAACACUAAAGCAGCGCGGAUAUUCCCCAUGCUUGGCUGUGCAUUACAGAGCAUUCACUAUUCGUAUUCCCCACCCAGCAUUACAAGUUUCCAGACCCAGACGUAUUUGCAUUCGAUAGCCGCGAGACGGAGACAAAACUCAUGGAGCAACAGAAGCUGUUGGCAGACAAACAGAACCUUAUGGAGAACGAGUUGGAGAAAACGCGGUCGAGUUUGCUGCUCGACAAGGAGCGCGCCGUGCAGAGUUUGGUAGAAGAAAAAAACCUAGAGCUGGCGGAAAAAAACCGAGAAUGGGAUACGAAAUACCAGGACAUGAAGAACAGCUACGCCAAGGACCUGGACACCACGACGGCACUUAUGAACCGCAUAAGUACCGUACUCGUAGUAAUUGGAAUUGCAGUCAUGCAUUACAAAUUUUUUUCUUAAGGUCAAUACGCAUUACAAAUUCUAUUUCUCAUGCUGAGAAAAUUUGUAAUGCAUUUAUACGAGUACGGUACUUUUGCAAUGCAUAGCACUGACGCAGCAGCAACAGAACGCGCUGCAGCACGAACUUGAGGGGAUCACCAAAGAAAAAAAGCAGCUGCAGGACUAUGACCCGCUCAGACGUUACAAUCUCAACUGUUACAAUAGAAUCUGGAAAUCUAUGAUGCAAGAACUGCAUGAUCUAGCCUACUCCCAUAGCCAUAGGAUUACGCAUGAUAAGUUUCGGAGUCCCAAACCCACCUGAAAUCCGGCAAAAUUUGUAUUGCGAAAAGCUCGAUUCUCUCUGCGUUCCUCAUGCUCUUCAUGCAAUACAAAUUCUAGAUUCUAUUGUAACGUUUGGGAUUGUAACGCUUGAGCAGUUCAUAAGGAUCUAAGCGACAGACUCGCCAGCGAAAAACAGAAGCUUGAAAGCGAGAAGCGAAGCCUAGAAAUGACAAUAUCGGGGGAGCGGUCAAAACAGGACAAGCAGGCGACGGAGCUUGCGACGCGGGAAAAGCAGGCGGCGGACCAACUCGCGGCGCUCCGCGCGGAGCUCGUGAGCUUGCAAGAGAAGGCCGAUGAGGAGCGACAGACCCUGGACCGCGAAAAGCUGGAACUCGAAAGCACUUUGGCCGCGAAGGCGCAGGCCGCUUCGGCGCUCGAGAAGGAGAAGCUAGACUUGCUGGAAAAAAUGAAAGAGCGGCAAUCGGAGUUCGAGUUGCAGAAAAGCCUAACUUAUGCAGUGCAAAAGCAUACUCGCGCAGCUAGUAGUAGAAGUAAUUGCAAUAGUACGAAUUAGCUCAGCAUGACGCCGCAUCAUCAUCAAAGUUGUCAUGACGAUUUAGCUUGAAAAAGAGACUUGUCAUUUGCUUUUAUUUGUAAAUUACUACGAAUACGACUACACUUUUGCCAUGCAAAUCGCGUCGCACGAGUCGGAGCAGAAGCUGCAAGAUGCGCAAAAGGAAUUCCAGAAGGAGUUGCAGGGGAUGCAGACGCAGGUGAUGCGACUGGAAAUGGAGAAGAAAAAUGCGGAAAAGGGCUACGCGGAGAGGCUAGAAGCCGAACGAGAAAAGCUGGUUAGCGAAAACAACCAGAGCGCUGAGAAGUACAACAGUUACAUCGACACGAUGGAGCAGCAUUCGCAGUCUUUGCAGCAAGAGCUGGACAACGUGAAGAUCCGCAGCACGGACCUGGAGCAGUCGGUGAGUGCCCUGCAGCAUGAAAAGCACGAGCAGCAGCAGAGCAUGGAGCGGGCGAAGCAGGACGCGGACCGAAAAGUGCAGGACCUGACGCAGCAACUAUAUUAUCCUGUGCAAAAGUAUCGUAUGUAGUGAGGUCACCGAACGGUUCUAACCAGGGAGUUUUUUUGACAGCUACCCUGAAAAACGACCGGCAGUUUUCAAGCGGCCGGAGGCGUUUUUUGACAUAAAAAAUUUUUAAUUAUCAAGCGGACGGGGCUUUGCCGUCAAACAAGCCCGGUCGAAAACUAUCGACUCGCACUUGAUAAAACGACGCAGGGGAGCCGGGAAAAGGGGCGCCCUUCUGAGGCGCCCGCCCCCUUGGUUUCUGGCGAUUUGGGGCGCCCAAAAAGGGGCGCGCAAAAAACGCGCCCAAAAUCAAAACAGCGAAACAGCAUGGCACGGCCGCGAUUUCGGAGCAUUUUGGGCGGCCGCGAAAGCGGCCGCCUUUUCGCCGGUUUCAGAGCCUGGGAAGCUUUGCAAAAAGCGCCGGCGUGAAAAAUAAAAACGCGAAAAAGAAAAAGCGCCCCAGACGCGCAAAGCCAAUCCGCAUGCUAUGGGCCCGAUUUUUCUUCGCUUUUUGGGCGCCCCCCGUGGCACCCGGAUCGGCCCCAUAGCAUGGGGGCUGGCCUUCGGAAAGGAAUUUCGGGAAUUUGCCAAAAUUUGCGAUGUUUAUCAAGCGGCCGCCAUACCGUGCGGCCUAACGUUACUCACGGCGGUAUGGCGAGCCCAGAAAAAGCAAAGCCGCGGCCAAGGCGAUGGCCGGCAAGAAAACGCCCAACGACCUCACUACCUCCGCCCCGGCGGCUAUAUUUGGUACUCGUAGUAAUUGGCAUCAUGCAUUACAAAUCUUCUUCUUAAGGUAGAUCCGCAUUACAAAUUUUAUCUCUCAUGCUGAGAAAAUUUGUAAUGCAUUUAUACGAGUGCGAUGCUUUUGCGGUGGAUAUGUAUACCGAGCAGACCAAAGCCGAGAUUUUGCGCAAGGACAAACAAGCCCUAGAAUCGGAGGUUUUAACGCUGAAACAGUCCGUCGCGAGCGGCGAGCAGAAGAUGGCGAAUUUUCAGGAGGAAGUGCAGCAGUUGCGCAGCUUCCAGCAGCAGACCAACAGCGCGACCAGCGAACAGAUGCUGCAAUUCCAAACGGAGUUGCAACAGGAGUUCGAGAAGAAAUUUUCCCUACAACUGACCAACCAGCGGGAGGUCAUCGAGCAGAAAGACGCCCAGAUUAUCGCUCUGGAACAGGAAAAGUCGAAGCACGAACAAGACGUGGACAGCCUCACGGAGAUGAUGCAGCACGCAAUGGUGAUGGAGGAAGAAAAGAACACCGAGAUCGCGAUUCUGAAAAAGUUCAUUGCGGACAACGUGGAUCUCAGCGACGACAACAAUAACGUCCUGCGCGACAUGAUCUUGAAGGACAAAGACAGCGCUGGAAAUCAUCAUCUCCUGAACAGCCCGGGAGGUGGAGCAGCAGGUCCCGUUGCAGCAGGGGCAGCCACGACUGUGUCGGGGAAUCCUAGCGGCAAUAUGAUGAUCGAUCCGAGUUCGCUGAACCAAAUGAUGAUGAUGCGCAUGACGCCGCCGCCGCGGGGAGGCAGUACUAACAUGUUCCAGCCCAGUCCGGGUCCAGUCGCUUCAUCUGGGGCCGGUAACAUCAAUGUGAAUGUGCUGCAGCAGCAGGGGCCAGCACCGCCGCAAGGUUCAUCUACCUUUGGAAUUUCCCCGUUCGCAGCGCGACCCGGCGGCCUGGUGGGCAACAUUGGACUACCCUUGCAUCUCCCGGCCGUGGGGUUGACCAAUCCUGCGGGCGGGCCUGGUGCGGGUCCGCAGAUAUAACAUGCUCAGGUUUUACAAUCUCAAAUCGGUUACCAUAAAAUCUGGAGUUUGUAAUGCAAGAAGUGCAUUAUCUAGCCAACUCUCAUAGGAUUGAGCAUGACAAGUUCUGGAGUCCCAAUCCGCACUACAAUCUGGCGAAAUUUGUAUUGCAGAAAGUGGAAUGCUCUGCGAGUCUGUCAUGCUCCUCAUGCAAUACAAAACCCAGAUUCUAUUCUAACGUUUGAGAUUGUAACGCUUGAGCAGGUCAUAGAAGAUAUGGUCGUCUUCUUCGGUUGAGCAGGAGUAUGGCGGCGGGUACACUGGUUUUACCACCAGCACCGCGAAGUCUGCCAUUGUCGUCGGCUGCAACUUAUGAACUGCAAAAGUACAGUAUCGCACUAGUAUAAAUUGGAUUACGAAUUGGCAUUGAGUUAGCAUUACGAAUUAAAUUUGUAAAUGCGGACUUGCCCGAAUGCGAAGCGCCUGUAUGCCGCUGCGAAACGCAGCAAGCUUCUUGCUGAAUUUGUCCGAAUUGGCGCAGCAGAGGUAGCUCGUUGGCAGCCUCUCGCCUACGUUUCGCUUGUGCAUAAGGACCUCCAGGGCCGUGCGUCAUGUUCUGCCUCACGUCUUAGACGGAUGCCGCACGUCUGACCUUCGUGCAGCCUGGGCCCCGACUCAUGCCGCCUCUGCCUUUUCGUUGCGCCUUCUACGACGCUCGCCCGCAAAGAAGCGGCGGCCCCCGCAAACGUUGCCGCGCCCGCCCGCUUGAAGCUGAACGCGGCAAACCCGCACGGGGGGACGAAACGAAGCGCGCGGCGCUGGUGAUUCUCGAGACCAAACCGCGAGGAAAGUCGCCGCCCUUUUCGCAGGAACGCAAAAACGAGACACCCGCCCGCGCCCGUGCUCGCUAAUCGCAAAGAAACGGCGGCCCCCGCGGACGCUUUCGCGCCCGCCCGCUUGAAGCUGAACGCGGCAAACCCGCAUGGGGAGACGGAACGAAGCGCGCGGCCCUGGUGGUUCUCGAGACCAAACCGGGAGGAAAAUCGCCGCCCUUUUCGCAGGAACGCAAAAACGAGACUCCCGCCCGCGCCAGUGCUCGCCUAUCGCAAAGAAACGGCGGCCCCCGCGGACGUUUUCGCGCUCGCCCGCCUGAAGCGGAACGCGGCAAACCCGCAUGGGGAGACGGAACGAAGCGCGCGGCCCUGGUGGUUCUCGAGACCAAACCGGGAGGGAAAUCGCCGCCCUUUUCGCAGGAACGCAAAAACGAGACUCCCGCCCGCGCCAAUGCUCGCUAAUCGCAAAGAAACGGCGGCCCCCGCGGACGUUUUCGCGCUCGCCCGCCUGAAGCUGAACGCGGCAAACCCGCAUGGGGAGACGGAACGAAGCGCGCGGCCCUGGUGGUUCUCGAGACCAAACCGGGAGGAAAAUCGCCGCCCUUUUCGCAGGAACGCAAAAACGAGACUCCCGCCCGCGCCAAUGCUCGCUAAUCGCAAAGAAACGGCGGCCCCCGCGGACGUUUUCGCGCUCGCCCGCCUGAAGCUGAACGCGGCAAACCCGCAUGGGGAGACGGAACGAAGCGCGCGGCCCUGGUGGUUCUCGAGACCAAACCGGGAGGAAAAUCGCCGCCCUUUUCGCAGGAACGCAAAAACGAGACUCCCGCCCGCGCCAAUGCUCGCUAAUCGCAAAGAAACGGCGGCCCCCGCGGACGUUUUCGCGCUCGCCCGCCUGAAGCUGAACGCGGCAAACCCGCAUGGGGAGACGGAACGAAGCGCGCGGCCCUGGUGGUUCUCGAGACCAAACCGGGAGGAAAAUCGCCGCCCUUUUCGCAGGAACGCAAAAACGAGACUCCCGCCCGCGCCAAUGCUCGCUAAUCGCAAAGAAACGGCGGCCCCCGCGGACGUUUUCGCGCUCGCCCGCCUGAAGCUGAACGCGGCAAACCCGCAUGGGGAGACGGAACGAAGCGCGCGGCCCUGGUGGUUCUCGAGACCAAACCGGGAGGAAAAUCGCCGCCCUUUUCGCAGGAACGCAAAAACGAGACUCCCGCCCGCGCCAAUGCUCGCUAAUCGCAAAGAAACGGCGGCCCCCGCGGACGUUUUCGCGCUCGCCCGCCUGAAGCUGAACGCGGCAAACCCGCAUGGGGAGACGGAACGAAGCGCGCGGCCCUGGUGGUUCUCGAGACCAAACCGGGAGGAAAAUCGCCGCCCUUUUCGCAGGAACGCAAAAACGAGACUCCCGCCCGCGCCAAUGCUCGCUAAUCGCAAAGAAACGGCGGCCCCCGCGGACGUUUUCGCGCUCGCCCGCCUGAAGCUGAACGCGGCAAACCCGCAUGGGGAGACGGAACGAAGCGCGCGGCCCUGGUGGUUCUCGAGACCAAACCGGGAGGAAAAUCGCCGCCCUUUUCGCAGGAACGCAAAAACGAGACUCCCGCCCGCGCCAAUGCUCGCUAAUCGCAAAGAAACGGCGGCCCCCGCGGACGUUUUCGCGCUCGCCCGCCUGAAGCUGAACGCGGCAAACCCGCAUGGGGAGACGGAACGAAGCGCGCGGCCCUGGUGGUUCUCGAGACCAAACCGGGAGGAAAAUCGCCGCCCUUUUCGCAGGAACGCAAAAACGAGACUCCCGCCCGCGCCAAUGCUCGCUAAUCGCAAAGAAACGGCGGCCCCCGCGGACGUUUUCGCGCUCGCCCGCCUGAAGCUGAACGCGGCAAACCCGCAUGGGGAGACGGAACGAAGCGCGCGGCCCUGGUGGUUCUCGAGACCAAACCGGGAGGAAAAUCGCCGCCCUUUUCGCAGGAACGCAAAAACGAGACUCCCGCCCGCGCCAAUGCUCGCUAAUCGCAAAGAAACGGCGGCCCCCGCGGACGUUUUCGCGCUCGCCCGCCUGAAGCUGAACGCGGCAAACCCGCAUGGGGAGACGGAACGAAGCGCGCGGCCCUGGUGGUUCUCGAGACCAAACCGGGAGGAAAAUCGCCGCCCUUUUCGCAGGAACGCAAAAACGAGACUCCCGCCCGCGCCAAUGCUCGCUAAUCGCAAAGAAACGGCGGCCCCCGCGGACGUUUUCGCGCUCGCCCGCCUGAAGCUGAACGCGGCAAACCCGCAUGGGGAGACGGAACGAAGCGCGCGGCCCUGGUGGUUCUCGAGACCAAACCGGGAGGAAAAUCGCCGCCCUUUUCGCAGGAACGCAAAAACGAGACUCCCGCCCGCGCCAAUGCUCGCUAAUCGCAAAGAAACGGCGGCCCCCGCGGACGUUUUCGCGCUCGCCCGCCUGAAGCUGAACGCGGCAAACCCGCAUGGGGAGACGGAACGAAGCGCGCGGCCCUGGUGGUUCUCGAGACCAAACCGGGAGGAAAAUCGCCGCCCUUUUCGCAGGAACGCAAAAACGAGACUCCCGCCCGCGCCAAUGCUCGCUAAUCGCAAAGAAACGGCGGCCCCCGCAAACGUUUCCGCGCCCGCCCGCUUGAAGUUGAACGCGGCAAAUCCGUAUGGGGAGACGAAACGAAGCGCGCGGCCCUGGUGGUUCUCGAGACCAAACCGGGAGGAAAAUCGCCGCCCUUUUCGCAGGAACGCAAAAACCAGACGCCCGCCUGCGCCAGUGCUCGCUAAUCGCAAAGAAGCGGCGGCCCCCGCAAAUGUUUCCGCGCUCGCCCGCUUGAAGUUGAACGCGGCAAAUCCGCAUGGGGAGACGAAACGAAGCGCGCGGCGCUGGUGAUUCUCGAGACCAAGCCGGGAGGAAAGUCGCCACCCUUUUCGCAGGAGCAGCACGGCGACCGCCCCGCCUGCGCCCGUCCACCCAAGCCAACCAAACGAGCCCCAGCGCGUUGCUUAGCUUAUAUCCUUCUCGAUUUAUUGUUCAGUAGAAGGCCGCGGCCGCCCGGACGUCCUGCCGCCCGGUUGUAGCUCUGUCUCCGAUGUGCUGCGGAUUUGCCUUAGCAAAAAGAUCUGGAGCGCAUGCAUUGCGUCGCAAUAUAGACAUAGAGCACGAGGGCGCCGAGCACUUUUGCAGUUCAUACAACUACCCAAACGUCCGCAACGCGGGUAUGGACAAGCUCGCAAGCGGGGAAGUCGUCAACUGUUAACUUGAUUCCUUGUCGUGCGAAAUUGGAAUUGCCAUGCAUCAGCUUCAGCAUCUUGGAUAGUAGCAGAAUCAAACUGCUUUGCACUUUGCGUGGCAAAUUCUCAUAGGGCCAAAAUCAACAUGGGAACAAUCUGUGCCAAGAUUGUAAAGCCAGGGGUGCGACGAGCUCGAGCUCCCUCCUUUAAAGUCCCUUUGGCUAUUGAUUCAUGAAUCACAAGAAAUUCACGCAACAACAGCCGCUGAAAACUCAACGCUUGAGACCUCCAUUCCGGGCCUGCAGCACGCCAAUGCGGACGCCAUGCAGAUCGCGAGAUGCUUCGAACAAAGCCAGCAGUUCCGCGGCGGCGCGGGGAUACGGGUGUUGACCGACACGCUCGAGGCGGCGGUAUGAAUUGCAAAAGUAUCGCACUCGUAUAAAUGCAUAUACAAAUUCCCUCAGCAUGAGAAAUAGGAUUUCUUUGUAAUGCGGAUUUACCUUAAGAAAAGGGCUUGCUAAUGCAAGACUUGCAUUUAUACGAGUGCGAUACUUUUGCACAGGAUAGGCGGGCGACGUCAGCGACUCCUCGUCGCACAGCGCGAGUCACGGGACAAGUAUAUGCCUUGCAAAUAUGCCUCGGUGUGGACACCUGUGAUGCUGAAUUGAGCAUGAUUGAAGCGCUUGCGAUGUUGGCACCCAAGCGUGACAAGCUUUUGAAACGCCUGCUAAUGCCUAGCACGCAUCACAAAUUGCGCUUUUGCACGAGAAAGGAAGCUCCUCUUUUGCUCCUCAUACAACACAGAUUUGCCAGGAAUGGAAGACUCGCAUCACAAGAUCCACUGUCCCAGACUUAGACAGUACAUAUUUGCACUUGAUAAAUUACCUGCCACAACAUUUUCCACGCCAUUGAGGACGUGCUGGUCAAGAAUUCGAACCCGACAGAGCACUUGUUUUUCUACUUUUCCGGUUACGGCAGCUCGAUGAGCAGUAGCAGUAGCAGCCACGUGCUGGACACCACGGCUCUGAUGAGCCACAGUGCUGUAUCAAACGGAAAAAUCCCCCCUCCCGAUGAACUUCUGAUGCUGGAUUUGUGUACACAAAUCAGCUUUGUCUUGCAGGAAGGCACUGUGGCCAGAUUCCCAGGCUCUGUGGGGGCGUAUGGGUCUAGUUGUUCAGCAUCGCAAACGGCUGCCCUUUAGGCCAAACAGCAUGGCAAAUCGCUCCCAUAAUGGGAGGGAAGCAUCUGCCAUUGCCUUCUUGCAAGACAAAUGUGAUCUGUGGCCUCAAAUCAGCAGCACAAAUUUGCGGAGUCAUACCUUUUUCAAUAUGCGUCGGGAGGAUUUUUCCCUUUGAUAUGCUGCAUCCUCAUCCCCAAGCACCGCGGUUCUCCUUCCCGCAGAUUUUGCGAAGUCGCUCCCUGUACGCGUUGCAAAUUAAUAUGUCUAGAUCUGGAGAAACUUCUAAUGCUAGUUUGUGAAUGGUGGGCGUACUGCGAUACGCAGCCACGCAUGGCAAGCCAGUGAGUUUCUGGGCUAGGCUACCUUCCCGCAUGACGAUCAAGAGGCUUUUGUUCUCCUCCUCUCGCAUUACAGAUUCAAUUGUCAUGCGAGACUAGCAUGACAAACGUGCAUUCUUCCGGUUCCAGACGUUUUUGCAAUGCAUACCCUGCCGGGUUCGUCGCGGAUCCGGAGUGGAAAAACUCGGUGCAGCACAUGGAAAAACACUUCGACUACUCACCGAACAAGACUUCCUCAAACCGCGACCUGACGCAAGUCGUGCAGGGUCAGGUGCAGCGGUGCGGCUAUCGAUUCUUUUCGAUCGAGCAGCUUUACCAGUGGAUCAGGCACUGUGCCAACCGGCGCACGACGGCCUCGGGCGUGCCGGAGCUGAAAAAAGUCACCUUGAUUCUGUAUGGCAUUCUCAACUGUUACAUUCUCAAGUGUUACACGGAUUUGUCAUGCAAAAUUGCCAUCAGCCUCCACUUGAGCAAGGUGCCUAGCAUGACAAAUCUCCGAAGGGCUAAACAGCAUCGAAAUCUGCGGAAAAUCUGUGAUGCGAAAGCUGCAAUAAUGCAACUUUCACUAUUGCUGUUCUUGCAUUACAAAUCCAUGUAACAGUUGAGAAUGUAACGCUUGAGAACGCCAUAUUCUGGACGCGGGGCUUCUGGUGACGGAUCACAGCACGAAUAGUUCUUCCGGCGCCGCGCCAAAACGCGUGCGGGUUUUUGGCCAGGAGGUGUUUUAUCCAACGUAAAAUCGUCAUGAUUUAUUUGAGCUUCGCCAAGUGAAUUAAUGGUGUAAAGUAACUUGCGAUGUUGAGAAGUACUUUAUGAACCUUCAUGACCACAUUAGGGCGCUAUAAGUCUCCCUGCGAGCUGACUUGCUGGAGUCCGAGUGACAGCCGCCGGAAUCCGCUUCACUCCGAUUCGGGCGCUCGUCACUCGGAAUGAUUCUGGUUCGUUUUUUGUCACUCCGAUUCGUGUUGACCAAAAUGAUUUUUUUGACCAACACGAAUCCGAGUGAGUGCGAAUCAGGCCGGCAUGCUCCCCGCAAGCUACCUUGCUGGAGUCCGAGUGACAGCCGCCGGACUCCGCUUCACUCCGAUUCGGGCGCUCGUCACUCGGAAUGAUUCUGGUUCGUUUUUUGUCACUCGGAUCAUUCGCGCUCAUUACUGCGAAGGUCACCAAGUGAACACGUGAAGAUGGCAUUUUUGGGAAAGCAGAUUAGAUUUCGAUUUUACAUUAGCAUACCUGAGUCAAGACCAAGCCAGGAGCGACGACGCCCUCCUCGAUUUUCCAGGGGUUUUUCCAGCAGUAUGGCGUUCUCAACUGUUACAUUCUCAACUGUUUACACGAUUUGUCAUGCGAGACCACCUUCAAAAUCGACACUAUCAAGCUGCUUUGCAUGGCAAAUUCUCAGAGGGCGAAGCAGGAUGAUAAUCCGUGCCAAAUCUGUCAUGCAAGACGCGCAAGGUCGCCCCGUUCACUCUUUCCAUUCUUGCAUCACAAAUUCAUGUAACACUUGAGAAUGUAACAGUUAAAAACGCCAUAAGCAGAAAAGCGACUCUGCCUCCAGCGGUACAAGCAGUGGCAACCGCCAUCUGCCACUCCCGCCAUUUCCGGUGUUGGAUCUGGAGGAAAACUUUCCGCAACCUAGCAUGAAUGUGCCCAGCCACGACGGAAUCGAGAUCCGGGUAAUUUGCCCGAAACACAGUUGCAGCGAAGACCAGACGAGUGGGGCCUUCACGUAUUGAGAGGAAAAAUCCCCCCUCCCCAUAUCGAAACGGUAUGCUUCCGAAAAUUUGUCUUGCUGAUUUGAGACCACAAAUCACGUCUGUCUUGCCAGAAGACAAGUACACAGGCUCUGCCGCAUUACGCAGGCGGUUUGUGAUGCUGUUGGGCCUACAGCAUAGACGUUUCCCAUGCUAAGCACCUAGGCAAAAACCUCUCCGCUCAGGCUUGGCAGGAGCCUGCAGUCCGCCAUUGCAAGACAGAUCUGAUUUGUGUACGCAAAUCCAGCAUCAGAAACUUCCUUUUGAUAUGGGGAGGGGGGAUUUUUCCUUUUGAUAUCACGAAAAAAGUGCUUACUGUGCUUGGCAGUGCAGCGAGCGGGGCUGCAGCGGAGACCCUGAGCUUUCAGCAAGUCGCGGCGAGCAGUGGGACGGCGGGGGAGGAAGUGUUUGUGAUGGGUGGGACGGGCAGCGGAGAGCUGUUCUACUCUUAA